AUGGUUCCCGCCCCUAUUGAUCCAUCUAUUACGGACGUGGCGGAGCCGCGAAAGGACUCUCUCCGACUUCCUGAGAGCACGAAGACGAGACUUGAAAAGGCGGGUGUUGAUUUAUCCAACGGAUACCCCUACCGUCCCUCGCGGCCACUGUUUCUGGACGAUGCGUACAACAUCCGCAACAAGGAGCGGGAGUACAUCGAUGCCGGCUCAAGGGCAGACAAGUCCAAGAAGAACCUGCUAGGUGCAGCGACAAAGGUCACCGACUUGACGGCCCACAUUGGCACGGAGAUCGAGGGUCUGCAACUGAAAGACCUCACCACGGAGCAGAAGGACGAGCUUGCACUUUUGAUCGCCGAGCGCAGCGUCGUUUUCUUCAGGGACCAAGACCUUUCCCCCCAGCAGCAGAAAGAGUUGGGCGCCUACUUUGGAGAAGUCGAGGUUCAUCCCCAAGUCCCUCAAGUCCCCGGUGUGCUCGGCGUCUCGGUCAUCUGGCCUGACUUGAUGGCCACCGAGAGGAAACCCAACUUCCGCAACCCGGGCGGUGCGUCGAGAUGGCACACCGAUCUGGUUCACGAGAGACAGCCCGCUGGCAUCACCCACUUGCACAACGACACCGUCCCGCCCGUCGGAGGUGACACCCUGUGGGCUAGCGGCUACUCAGCUUAUGAAAAGCUUUCCCCCGACUUUCGCAAAAUCAUUGACGGCAAGUACGCCAUCUAUAAGUCUGCCCACACUUACCUCGAACGCAACGCCCCCGAGGACGGUCCCAAACAUAUUGAGCGAGCUCACCCUCUUGUCCGCGUGCACCCUGCCACUAAAUGGAAGUCACUGUAUGUGAAUCGUUCGUAUACCACACAAAUUAUCGGCCUCGACAAGGCGGAGAGUGACGUAAUUCUCAACUACCUGUUUGACGUCUACGAGAGGAGUGUUGAUAUCCAGGUCCGGUUCAAGUGGACCCCCAACACCAGCGCCCUAUGGGACAAUAGAAUCACGAUCCAUAACGCGAGCUGGGACUAUGAAGGGAACCACCCCCGCCACGGAACGCGUGUGACGUCCUUGGCGGAGAAGCCAUACUUUGAACCCGAUGCGCCCACACGCCGUGAGGCUUUGGGCUUGCUGAGCGCCGAUGAGAAGGAGGAGCUUGGCAUUGAUGGUACCACGCGGGGGCUCAGGGAUUUCUCUCUGUAG